AUGAACAAGAAAGCAACUCGGAGCUACUGCAAUGUCGCUGAGGAUGGACAAGACGCCCGACAAGAUGAACUAAUUAGGGACAGAUUAAUCAUUAAUCUAAGUUUGUUACCAAUGAAAAACAAGAAUCAGACAACAAUUCGAUUGAGUGAGCAAAUAUGUGGAUACAUGAUCGAUGAAAUAUCAAGUGAAAGUUCUGAAGGUGGGAGACGGUUUUUAAGAAAUCCAGAGAAACGAAUAAAUAAAAAUGUUGUUCAAAAACAAUCUCCAGCUACAACUGAAGAUGAAAAUACUGAAGAUUUACUGACACCAUUUAGUGCAGGAAAAACGUCAAUAGAUUUUAAUAAAUAUUCAACACAAAAGGUAUUUAAUAGCAAAUUGACAAAUUCAAAUGGGAUAAAAUCAAAGGAAUUUGAAAAAUAUUGUAUCAAUAAUAAUGUUGUGAAUGAACCAUUAGUAGUACGAAUAAAUAAUGAGAAUGAUUUAAGUAGAAUUUCAGCUUUGUCCUUCAAUGAUAAGAAUUCACUGACUGAUGCAAGUAGAGAACCUUCACGAAUUGAAAGCAAAAUGAGUACAUUCGAUGAUCAAUUAAUAUUAUCUGUUGAUGAAUUAGUGAAUGAGAAUAGAAUAGAUUGCGGAAGUUAUUGCUCAACUAAUCGUUUUGACAAAUCGUACAAUGAAAAAUCACUGAUAGAUAUUGAAGAAAUUAUUGAAUGUGAAAACUCCCAUUCAUCUAGCUUGACGGAGAAGAUAUCUAAUAAAAAACUUCCAUUGGAAAAGAUAUCUUGUCAAGUGGACAAUGAAAACAAUACUAGUGAAAUAGAUGAAUAUUCAGAUGAUUUUGAAAAUGAACAAGAUCUAACUAGUUCAACUAAAGAAAAUUUAAAAUGCAAUCUAAUCACAACGCAGAAAUCAUUAUCACUUAAAACAAAAAAGGCUGAUUGUUCAGUAAAUCAAAAAGUUUAUAAUGCAGCUCCGACGAAUUCCUAUGGACCAUUGAAUAAAACGAAUUUACGUGAAACGAUUUCAUAUAAAAAAAUAUCAAAAAACGUAUCUGAAACCCAACAAACAAAGGAUGCUGAAGUUCAAACAGUGUGGUCAGGUGAAUUUCCACAAAACUACCAUAAUCCACACAACCUUCCAAUAAUAAAAUAUGAAGAAAUUCCUAAUUCUACUGUUAAUACUACUCUUAAAAUGCAAAAUAUAACAUCAUCGCUCAUAAAUUACAAAACAUUACAUACUUUAACAACUUAUAAUCCUUGUUUAACUGCACUGGAUAAUAUGUUGAAACAACAAAUAAAUCUUACAAGAGAAUUUUUAAGAACACAAAGAAAUUUACAUGAAACGAUUAGUAAAGCAAUAAGUCAAUGUGUUAUUACAAACAAUUAUAAUUAA